UCCCCCUCCCAGCGCAUCGCCAUGACCAUGGUUCAAGACAGUGUGCUCCUGGCCAAGCUGAUGAAGGGCACCGACACCUUUGAGUUGAAGUAUGACUUCUCGUGUGAGCUGUACCGCUUGUCCACCUACUCCGCCUUCCCCGCUGGAGUUCCUGUCUCGGAAAGGAGCCUGGCUCGCGCUGGCUUUUAUUACACGGGCGUCAACGACAAGGUCAAGUGCUUCUGCUGUGGCCUGAUGCUGGACAACUGGAAACAAGGGGACAGUCCCGUUGACAAGCACAGAAAGCUGUACCCCAGCUGCAGCUUUGUGCAGACCCUCAAUCCACCGAAGAGGCCGGAAGCCAGCCCACAGCCUUCUCUCCCUCCUGCAGCAACGAGCACCAUUCCUUCCUUCCUUGCAAGUUUGGAGAACACCGGCUAUUUCAGCGGCUCUUUCUCAAGCUUCCCCUCAGACCCUGUGAACUUCAGGGCCAACCAAGAUGGCCCCGCUUUGACGACCAGUCCCUCCCACUUUGCAAUGAACUCAGAGAAGGCCCGGUUACUCACCUAUCAAACAUGGCCUUUGUCCUUUCUGUCACCGGCCGAGCUGGCCAAAGCAGGCUUCUACUACAUAGGGCCUGGAGACAGAGUGGCCUGCUUUGCCUGUGGCGGGAAACUGAGCAACUGGGAACCGAAGGACGACGCUACGUCAGAGCACAGGAGGCAUUUCCCCAGCUGUCCGUUCAUAAAAGCGCGGGGUGGAUCCGUUUCGAGAUACACCGUCACUAACCUGAGCAUGCAGACGCAGGCCGCGCGCCUUAGAACCUUCCUCAGCUGGCCUUCCAGCGCUCUGGUUCUUCCCCAGCAACUCGCAAGCGCCGGCUUUUAUUACACAGGACACAGUGAUGACGUCAAGUGCUUUUGCUGUGACGGUGGGCUGAGGUGCUGGGAGUCUGGAGAUGACCCCUGGGUGGAGCACGCCAAGUGGUUUCCAAGAUGUGAGUACCUGACAGAAAUCAAGGGACAAGAGUUUGUCAGUCAAGUUCAAGCCACUUAUCCUCAUCUACUUGAACAGCUAUUAUCUACGUCAGAUACCCCGGAAGAUGAGACUGCAGAGGCAGCAGUCGUGCAUUUCGGACCAGGCGAAAGUCCAGAAGAUGCCAUCAUGAUGAACACGCCUGUGGUGAAAGCGGCAUUGGACAUGGGCUUCAGCAGGAGCCUGGUGAGACAGACAGUUCAGCGUCAGAUCCUGGCCAGCGGGGAGAAUUACAGGACCGUCAGUGAUCUCGUGAUUGGCCUGCUCGAUGCUGAAGAUGAAAUGAGGGAAGAGCAGAAACAGCAAGCUGCAGAGGAAACGGAGUCAGAUGAUCUAACAUUAAUUCGGAAGAACAAGAUGGUGCUCUUCCAACAUUUGACGUGUGUGACACCAUUCCUGGAUUGUCUCCUAAGUGCCGGGGCGAUCACUGAGCAGGAGUCCGAUGCUAUAAAACAGCAGCCACAGACCUUGCAAGCAAAAGCUCUGAUUGAUACUGUUUUAGCCAAAGGAAGCACUGCAGCAACCUCAUUCAGAAACUCCCUCCAGGAGAGUGACCCUGCCUUAUACAAAGAUUUAUUUGUGCAACAGGACAUUCGGAGUCUUCCCACAGAUGACAUCACAGCUCUGCCGAUGGAAGAACAGCUACGGAAACUACAGGAGGAAAGAACCUGCAAAGUGUGUAUGGACAGAGAGGUGUCCAUUGUGUUCAUCCCCUGUGGCCAUCUGGUCGUCUGCAAAGACUGCGCCCCGUCCCUGAGAAAGUGCCCCAUCUGCAGAGGAACCAUCAAGGGCACCGUGCGCACUUUUCUCUCCUGAGCAGGACCCGGCGUUGGAGGGACAGCAGGAGGGACAGAAGUUCCGUGAGG